AUGUCGUCGAGCAAGCCAAAAGCGUCGGGCUCGAAGAAGGGCGGGACUCAGUCAAAGAGAAAUCAUUCGUUCCAAUCAUUCACGCAAAAAAUUGCGAAUUUAAAAAUCGAUCCCGUUCGACGAAUACGCCGCCAUGUUGAUGACGAAGAAACGGAAAAGUCCUUCUUCCACAGCUCUCUAGAAUCAUGGGUAGAUCGCAAUUUCUCAUCCACUUUCACCGAGUUCUCCCGAGAGGCCGUCCCACUCUCCGAAUCACUUCCACAUAUUCUACAUUAUAAGGACGAGUUGUUCGAGCUGCUUGUCAAAUAUAUCGAUCGCAGAGACGUCCUGGCACUCGAACCGCUCUUAAGCCUGCUCUCUCAAUUCGCACACGACCUGGGCGCAACAUUCGAGCCUUAUUUUGCGCGCUCUGUCACGUUAUUGGGCAGCCUAGUUGCGAAGCACGCGGAUGUAUCUACUAUUGAAUGGACCUUUAACUGUCUCGCUUACUUGCUCAAGUAUCUGUCGAGGCUACUAGUACCGGAUCUGAGGCCGCUAUUUGACAUUCUUGCGCCACUUCUAGGAAGGGAGCAACAGAAGACCUUUAUCACGAGGUUUGCAGCAGAGGCACUGAGUUUCCUGCUUAGGAAGGCGAAAGAAGAGCCGUUGCGAUUGAUCAUCCGACAUGUAUUUGAGGAUCUGAUUAAGUGUGGUGGAAAUCAUGGAGCGAAGGGUUACAGACAAGGUCUCAUGAAUAUGUUUCAAGAGUCUUGUAUAAGUGUGGAUCGAACACUCCAUUCGAAAGGGCCGCAAAUACUCCGAACAAUGCUCGAUAUCUCGUUGGAGCUCUCAGACACAUCUGGACCUUGCUUCAGUGUUUGCGAAGGCGUGUUAAUCUCAUUGAUGCAUCAUACCACUCCAGAGACUUUCCAACCCGCACUGACCGUUGUUUACGAAUUUCUCGCCGAAUUACUCGAUGCGGAUUCGGUAACUCCUAAAAGGGUUAGAAUGGCGGCCACAUUGUUAUAUACAGUAGUUACAGUGAGGAAGGGUUGUAGGAUAAUGGACUGGCAAAAGACUGCUAUAGCCGCUGCCUAUAUUUUAGAGGUUGGAACUUCAUUGGAAGAGGAGGAGCAAGCAGAAGAAUUGAGGGAAGCUGUAUGGGAGGCGCUGAAGGCUUCUGCCAUGAUCUUACAGCAAGCUGAUUUAGAGAUUGUAAUAUCGAGAUGCGGAAAAGUCGUAGAUAAGGCGAGGGACUUUCAGAAGGGGAUUCUAUUCUUGCCGUUUUGCGGCUUUUUCUCCGCUAUGGGUUCAGAACGGUUCAAGAUUUUCUUAUUACCAUAUUUCCAAAGAUUUAUUUUAUCGCAAUGGAAUUCUCACUCCUCUGCCCUCUCCCUCCUAAUUCCUAGACUCUCAACAACAGGUUCCCUCACACCCUCUAAAGACCAAGAGGUUUCUGCUCCUGAUAUCCUCGGACCAAAAUCGCCCCUCACAAUAGCAGCCCAAACUGCGAUCCGGAACUUCGACAAUGCCAUUGAAUCAUCAGAUAUUCUUGACAGUAAGAGCCCAGAAGUAAUUAACAUGUGGAAAUAUCUGGAUGUGCUUCUGUCACUCCCACAUACCAUACCGGCAGACUUAAUCGAGAGCCUUGGACUUCUUCUACAAAAGAUUCUUCCUAUGGAAAGAAGUGUUACACUUACCCCGUUGAUCGGAAAGGCACUGAGCAUAUAUUCUCGCGGCAAGGGAACAAAGACAAAAUCACUUGUGGAAAAUACUUGUAAAGCCUUCCCGAAGCUGGGUGAUAACAUGACUUUUCUACAAGGAGUUGUCGAUUUUGCAUUGGUAUCCACUUUCAAAGAAUUUAUUGACGAGGAAUAUAUCAAGGAAAUGGUGACAAAGUUGAUAACUAAUCUUCUACUACCUAGCCAUGAGGUUCGCACAUCUUCAUUGCGUUGUCUAGAGAUACUUUAUGCGUACAAGAAUCCUACAUCUCAAGUGUCGGAGAUUAUAAACACAGCAAAGUUAAUUGAGGACACACCUCUCGCAAUAAACAAUGCCCGCACCAUCUCAAUGUACAUCCGCCGGCUCGGGAUUGAAUAUCCAUCUGUUCCAAAGGAUUCGUGGGCGAGGAGAAUCGUACCCUACUAUUGUUUUGGGCUUCUCACACUUCAUUUCGCGCCCGCGUGGGAUGACUCGGCGCUUGUUUUGGCAAAGGUUGCUGAGAUUGAAGAGGAACUUGUAGCGCAGUUGGCGUUUUCGUGGCUUUCUUUGAAGAGCGAAGGGGAGGAUACGAAGCCAGAGGCUCAUGUGGCAUCAAAUCCAUGGACAAGCUAUGAGUGUAGUAACAUGAGAGUAGUGGAGGAGGAUUCUAAGAGAUGUAUGACUGAAAAUAUAGAUGCUAGUAUUAUACUUGCUUCUGCGUUUGAAAAAGAACUUCAUAUGGCCCCUCUGUCUGCAGUUACAGCUCGAACUCAGGCUCUGAAGGUUCUCUGCGAAAUUCCUAGAAUCGCCGAAAAGAGGGGCCGACAGCUAGUUCCGAUGUUCUUGGAAUGGACACGAAUGGAUGACGAAGACGUAGCAGAGGAAGAGGAAGUCCCGGGAGAGAAACUUUCAAUGAAAUGGUCGCGGAAAGACCGAGCUGCUAUGCUUAAACUUUUCGCCAAAUUCGUCAACCCACGUUCCCUCUUCAAAUCCGAGCUAGUGUAUUCCGCACUCCUCAAUCUUCUGGCCUCCGGUGAUGUAACGUCUCAAACAUUAGCGCUAAAAUGUGUAUUCACAUGGAAAAUUCCCGCAAUCCGCGCGUAUGAAGACAAUCUCAACAACCUGCUGGAUGAUACCCACUUCAGAGAGGAGGUGACAAAGUUUGUGCAGGUAGAAGAGGAGGAGUCAAUGAUUCAGACCAAUCACCGUAAAGAACUAAUGCCAGUGCUACUUCGGAUCCUCUACGGCCGUAGUUUGUCGCGCAAAAACGCAUCAAGCGGCAAGAAAGGAAUGGUGAGUAAACGAACAGUGGUUUUGGCAUCUCUUGCAAACUUUCAACCACAGGAGAGGGAUAUGUAUAUCGAUAUCGCGCUCGGUGAGUUGGCAGAGGCCAAAUUCGUUGAUAAGUCGGACCCAGAGCGAUAUGCUCUUCGGCCAGAUGCAAUUGGAUCGGUUCAUGUCUCAACAAGGAAACAAGUUGGUUUUGUGAGGAUGGUGGAAGAUAUGAUGAAACAACUUGGAUCUACGAUGUUCGAUUACAUACCGAAAGUUAUGGACGCACUGCUAUAUUGUCUGGUUUCUGCGGCAAAUAAUGUUGGUAAAGCUACAGUUGAGCAGCCUACUUACGAAGAUUCGGUAUCACUUAAAGUUUCGAAGGCGAUUCGGCAAGGGGGAUUCAAAUCCUUGAUCGCAUUAUUCACAAACUGCCCAAAUUUUAGAUGGACACCCUACAUACCAGCAAUCUUCCAAGAGCUUGUGGAGCCAAGGCUUGAAAACCUUCCAGUGGAGACAUCACAGGGUCUAUCCGGGCUACUACAGCUCUUAUUUACUUGGACAAAAGCAAGAAGCACUGUGCUAUUUCUUUCAGAUUAUAAUAACCAAGUUCUUCCAAAGAUUGCUCAAUGUUUAGCGAGUAAGCAGGUUAAGGAUGAGGUUGUUCUAUUUAUUCUCAACCUUGUGAGAAAUAUUAUCGCAUUUGUAAAACCGGAGGAGGAUAUGGAGGUGGAGGACAAUUCACAGGCGGUCAAGGAGCGGCUAAUUCGACCGAAUGUGGAUCUUUUUAUCGUCAACACGGGGGAGAUUCUACACAAAAGCCCAGGCAAAGAGGUUCUCGAACAAGCUGUCGAAACGAUCGCUGCGAUUGCACCAUAUGUUUCUGGCGAUACCGAAACUACUCAUUUGGUCGAUAUAUCGGUAUUCAUGUUGGAUCAACCCUCACGCAGAGUCAGUCCAAAGGCAAAGAGUGAAAUUUUGAAGAUUCUUGUCCACUUUCUACCCCUCUGUGUGAUGGAGAAGAGCGACGAUCUAUUUGAGCGAACAUUCCGCAGCAUAUCCUCUCUUUUUGGCUUUUUCAAAGAUAGGGAAGGUCGGGAGAACCUCGCUAGAGUCUUGAACGUAUUUGCAGAAAGGGAUGGCGAAAUGAUUGAAAUCGCAAGACUAUCUCAACAGCUAAACUCAUGGUCGGAGGAGCGAAUGAAUGAACCUGAUUUCGAACAACGUUUGGAGGCUUAUGCGAAAAUUAAUGAGGAACGGUACAAGGUGUUUACACCAAGACAAUGGAUGCCGUUAUUAUUUAACAUGUUAUUCUUCAUUAAGGACAACGAGGAGUUAGUCAUUCGGACAAAUGCUUCGUACGCUUUGAGAAGAUUUGUUGAGAGCGUCGGGACUAAAUUCGGUACACCUGAUGAAGAGGCGUAUUUGAUGACAUUGUCUGGUACGGUCAUGCCUGCAUUAAGAGCGGGGACUCGGGAGAAAUCUGAACUGGUCAGGACCGAGUUUGUCGGUGUCAUGGCUCACAUCGUCAAGGAGUGCGGUUCUUGGGAGGAGGUCAGCGAUAUGAAGCCACUACUUUUUGGUGAGGACGAGGAAGCCAGCUUUUUCAAUAAUAUUCUUCACAUCCAACAACAUAGACGGUUGAGAGCACUCCGGCGACUAGCAGCAGCGGCAGAGAAAGAGCACAUCCAAAGUUCUAAUAUUGCACAUUUCUUUUUGCCUCUCAUCGAACAUUUUAUAUUUGAUAUGGCCGAGGACGGACAUAAUCUAGCUAGCGAGGCUGUUAUCACAGUCGGUGCACUCGUUCAGCAGCUUUCAUGGUCACAGUAUAGGGCUGUCUUCAGGAGGUAUACUGGAUAUUUGAAAACCAAGGUUGAAUUAGAAAAGAUUGUUGUUCGUUUGAUCGGUGUAAUUGUCGAAUCGCUUUCAAAGACUUGGGAGACAGCGCCAACAAACCCGAGCAAGUCUGAAACGACAGAGUCUGCUACAGCCACCGAUGGAGACGGAGAUGUUUCGAUGGGGGUGACUAGUCUUGGUCAACUUGCUGAAAGUUUGCCGGAACAAGACAUAUUAGCCAAAGACAUCUCGAACGGGUUCCUUCCAACUCUGAACGACUAUCUACACAAAAAGGACGAGUCGACAGUCAGUUUGCGUGUUCCUAUAGCCGUUUCAAUCGUCAAACUUCUUAAGGUCAUGCCAGAGGAUAUGCUUAAGCUUCGACUUCCCGCAGUUCUGACGGAUGUUUCUCAUAUUCUACGAAGCAGGGCUCAAGACUCGCGAGAUAUGACUCGAAGGACAUUGACUGAGAUCACAACGCUUCUGGGAUCUCAAUACUUUGGUUUUGUCAUUAAAGAACUCCGUGGAGCACUUUUGCGUGGUUACCAGCUUCACGUCUUGUCGUACACGGUUCACUCAAUAUUAGUAUCUGUAGUACCUAGCUAUGCCCCCGGUGAUUUGGACUACUGUGUUUCGCAGAUCGUCGACGUCGCCAUGGACGAUAUUUUUGGUGUCACGGGAAUGGAGAAGGACGCUGAAGGUUAUAUCAGUAAGAUGAAGGAGGUUAAGAGCAGCAAGAGUUAUGAUUCUAUGGAUCUUCUGGCCUCUACGACUACGUUACCUCAUCUUGGAAAACUCAUCAAACCAAUCCAGUCGCUACUUCAGGAGAAGAUGAAUUUGAAAAUGGCCAAGAAAAUUGAUGAAUUAUUGAGGAGGAUAGGAGUUGGGCUCCUAAGGAAUGAAGCUGUCAAAUCACAGGAGCUCUUGGUUUUCUGUUACCAAGUCAUCCAGGAAGCCCACAAGGCUGCAUCGGUUGCCCCAGCAGAGAAGAAAAUGGAUAGUACGACACUAAGAUAUAUAGUUAACCUCAAAGCUCCUUCAAAGGCGGCAUCCGGGGUUACUACUUCAUCUCAUACGUAUAAGCUUAUGCGAUUCUCACUUGAUAUCUUGCGAACAGUUUUACACAAGUACGAGGAUCUGAAAACACCCGAGCUUUUAGCUGGCUUUAUCCCCAUCAUAGGUGAUGCAUUGCUUUCAAAGCAAGAAGAGAUCCAAGUAUCAGCUCUGCGACUUCUAACAACCAUCAUUCGGGUUCCUUUACCUGCAAUUGACGAUGGUGCCCCCGUUUUUGUGCAGCAAGCAUUAUCGUUUGUCAAGAAUUCCCCCUCGACAAAUUCGGAAAUUGCACAAGCAAGUCUAAAGCUUUUGGCAGCAAUACUGCGAGAACGGCGCAGCUUCAAAGUCAAGGAAACAACCAUCGCGUAUCUUCUCACCCGUGUCAAGCCUGACUUGGAGGAGCCAGAUCGUCAGGGCGUAACCUUCAAUUUUCUCAAAGCUGUUCUAUCUCGUAAGAUAGUUAUCACGGAGGUGUACGAGGUGCUUGACAAUGUAACGGCAAUCAUGGUGACAAAUCAGACUAGAACUGUCAGAGAUCUGGCAAGAGGAGUUUACUUCCAAUUUCUUAUGGAAUAUCCACAAGGCAAGGAGCGUUUGAAUAAGCAAUUGGCAUUCUUGUUGAAAAAUUUGGACUAUGUUCACCAAUCCGGAAGGCAGUCAGUCCUAGAGGCCGCCAAUCUACUUAUCACUAAAAUCGGAGAUAAUCUUAUUCAAGAUGUCAUCGCAACGUUUUUCGUCCCGUUGGUCAUGGUUUUGAUCAAUGACGAUUCUACUGAAUGCCGCGAGAUGGCGGGUGCCAUUAUCAAGAAAAUAUUUGAAAGGGCGGACAAGGAACGCCUACAAACAUUUGUUGGUCUGAUUCGAGGCUGGCUAGAACAAGACGAGAAAACGUUACUUGUUAGGGUGGCACUCCAGGUCUAUGGGCUGUAUUUUGAAGUUUACGAAACAAAGGGUCAGAAGGAAGUCGUUUUUGUAACCGAGAGACUUCAAGUUCUACUAAAAGGUGCUUGCGACGAAGAGUCCGAGACCGCUACAGAGUGGGAAUUGGUCUACUUCGGUCUCCAAACCUGGGCCAAGAUUGUACAGCAUUUUCCUGAAACCAGCUUUUCGGGGGCGAACGCUACCAUGUGGAGGACAAUCCGAGAUUGCCUGGUGUUUCCCCAUGCUUGGGUUAAGCUUUCCGCGGCGCGUCUCAUGGGUCUUCUUUUGGCCGAGUAUGCCAAAUCUUCUGAAUCACUAGCAAACAUACCACUUGAAAACGGCCGCGGAUUGUCGAUGAACGGUGUUGAUAUGGUCAAUAUUGCGCGAGCGACGUCGUCGCAACUAAACAACGCCGAAUUAUCAGAUGAGCUUGGGUUACAGGUCGUCAAAAAUCUUCUCUUCAUGGGGAGAUGUUUCUAUGCUAAUAAAAUGGCUGCUAUCGAUGUGGAUGUGGAGGAAGACAAUGAGCUUAAUACUGCGCUUUUGUGGAUAAUUGGGAGGAUUUCGGGCAUUAUCCGAAGUGAACGAAACGUCAAGAAGGGACAAAUCCUGGGCAAAAAGUACGGGUUACAGUGGAUGGCAGCUAUGGUCCAAAUUAUUACAGGCGAGGAUUUGGUCCCGUUGUCAAACAAGUUGAUCGUACCUCUGUACAGUCUGGUAGACUCUCCCGAGAACUAUAUUAUGAAAGAUUUAAAAGAUAUCGCCCAGGAGAUCCUGAGUAUGAUGCAGACUAAGAUGGGCCCCACUGCGUAUGGAAAAGCCUACAAUGUAGUUCGUACCGAGGUCAAAGAGAGACGACUUGAGAGGAAGUCGAAGAGAACAAUUCAGAUGGUUACCGACCCCGAAAAGGCAGCCAAAGAUAAGAUCAGGAAAAAUGAGAAGAAACGAAUCGCGAGAAAAGAGAAGGGUGCUGUUCACAGAGAACAGAGGAAGGGAAGACUUGGAUAG